GAUCAGCCAAUCGGGAAGAAGAAAAUGGAUUACUUCAAAAUGGAGAUGUUACAGACGCUAUAAUUGCACAGAUACAAAGAUGAGUCCUAUAUCUAUCUCUAUGUAAAUCACUGCUCAAUAUUAUUUUCAGAUCAGUCAGUCAAAAUGUACCCAUGAUACAACACGGUUUUGACGCGCUUGAACACUGCCAUUAGGUGGGAAGGCAACUGUUUGCGAUUGGGCAUAUGUUUUAUCGACGAAUCUAUUGUUUAGUCGUGUUAUUGAUAUAGUAAUGAAGCUGUCACUUCAAUGCAAUCUUUAAUAUUAUAAAUGCUUGUGCAUGCGUUUCGAGGUUUUUAAAAACUUUUAUUUUUUACAGACGAUUGAUUACUAGCUUUUAAUGUAGUCAUUGCUGGAGAGAUGAGGAGCACAUCAGGUGCCCAGUAACUAUAUCUAGCAUAGCUUCUGAUAACAACAACAGUAAGCUAAUCAUUCAAAUGUUGGUGGUCGUCGUCUAGCUACGUCUUUUGCACACACAAAAAUCACGGCAGUCAUUGUUUACGAUCUCGCUCGAGCCUUGUUUUGUGCGUUAUUUCGCUACACGAGAAGGUUGUCAUUUUCUCGUAGCUGUUGCAUGGACACCAUGAUGCGCGCGCCUUGCGCACAAUGUUUAUAUGAAUUCUCGUGAUAUUCAAUGAUUUGAUUAGUUUAUUCACGUUAAUACUAACCACUCUUCCUCGGAUGUCAAUGGAGGGGGACGAGGGAAACCGUGACCAGUCGUCACGGGAAGAGUGGACACUCCUGUUUUGGACCUCUCUCGCUGUCGUAGUGCCCGUGAUCAUUACAUUGUGGUGCAGUGUCCAACGCUCCAAACGGAAAAUACACAUGAAAGACUUCUUCCGCAAGAGCAAGCACGGCUGGCACUGCACCGACCUGUUCAACAAGCCCACCUACUGCUGUGUAUGCCAACAACACAUUCUACAAGGGGCAUUCUGCGACUGCUGCGGAGUGUGCGCCGACGAGACAUGCCUGCGCCGGGCCGACCGGAGCCUUGUUUGCAAAGAGAUUAUGGCUCCGUCCCAAGCGGAUGGGACACUAGAGCACCGCUGGGUCCGGGGAAACGUCCCUCUCUGCAGUGUCUGUGUGGUCUGCAAGGAGCAAUGUGGGAACCAACCGAAGCUGUGUGACUUCAGGUGUGUGUGGUGUCAGACAAUGGUGCACGAUGACUGCAAGGCCAGCCUGUCGGACGGGGAGCGCUGUGAGCUGGGCGAGUUCCGCAGCCUCAUCAUCCCCCCUCACUACCUCCACCACGUCAACAAGCUCCGCCGCAGGCACCCCGAUGAGUACAGCAAGCUGGCGUCUGCCUGUGGGAGCAGCUGGACUCCAGUGCUGGUCCUGGCCAACACUCGCAGUGGGAACAACAUGGGGGAGGCUCUGCUUGGAGAGUUCCGCACCAUCCUCAACCCUGUCCAGGUGUUUGACCUGUCGGAGCUGCCUCCCUCCAAGGCUCUGCAGCUGUGCACCCUGCUGCCUCCAGGCAGUGUUAGGGUGCUGGUGUGUGGGGGGGACGGAACCGUGGGUUGGGUGCUGGAUGCCAUCGACACCAUGAAGCUCAAGGGCCAAGAUCAGUUCAUCCCCAGGGUGAUGAUCCUGCCCCUGGGUACAGGGAACGAUCUGUCCAACUCCCUGGGCUGGGGGUCGGGCUACGCCGGGGAGAUCCCUGUGGAGCAGGUGCUCCGGAACGUCCUCGAAGCAGAGGUGGUCAAGAUGGACAGGUGGAAAGUUCAGGUAGCCUCAAAGGGACUCUACUUUCGUAAGCCAAAGGUCCUGUCCAUGAAUAACUAUUUCUCAGUGGGCCCGGAUGCCCUGAUGGCGCUCAACUUCCACACCCACCGUGAGAAGACCCCCUCCUUCUUCUCCAGUCGCAUCAUCAACAAGGCUGUAUAUUUCAUGUAUGGCACCAAAGAUUGUUUAGUUCAAGAAUGCAAAGACCUGGAUAAGAGGAUUGAGUUGGAGUUGGAUGGAGAGAGAGUGGCCCUGCCCAGUUUGGAGGGCAUCAUCGUGUGUAACAUCGGCUACUGGGGCGGAGGCUGUCGUCUGUGGGAGGGCAUGGGGGACGAGCCCUACCCCCCUACACGGCUGGAUGACGGGUUGCUCGAGGUGGUGGGUGUGUUUGGCUCCUUCCACUGUGCUCAGAUCCAAGUCAAGAUGGCCAACCCGGUGCGGCUGGGCCAGGCCCACACAGUCCGGCUGGUGCUGAAGACGUCCCGGAUGCCCAUGCAGGUGGACGGGGAGCCGUGGGCCCAGGGCCCGUGCACCAUCACCAUCACCCACAAGACCCAGGCCUUCAUGCUCUACCACAGCGCCGAGCAGACGGACGACGACGACGAAUCCAGCACCUCCGAGGCUGAGAGCUCCGCCCCCCAUGACUCUCCCAAGCCAGCAGGUCCCGCCUCUGCUCGUGCCUGAGCCCCCAAGUUCCACCACCUCAAUGUUUCAUCCAUACCCCUCGUUUGUUUGUUGUAGUAAAUGCUGAUGACAUAAUGCCACGAUUGCACUCCCCAGAUGAUGAUGAUAUAAGCCAGAGCUCAGGCAUAUUCCCGCCUCGGGGUA